ACAGCAAGAGGGAGGCGGGGCAGGCCAGUCUGAAUCUAGCUGAGGAGUUUUGGGAAAGGGGCAAAGAAGACCCGCCGGUGCCUGAUAGCCCCGAUUCUCACCCCCAGAAGUGCCCCCGUCUUCCCCUUCGACUCUGCUGCUGCUCCUCCCGUCUGCUUCCAGUUUGCCUCUGCCUCAGCAGCAGACGGGAGGCGCAGACUAACAGAGGCUUCCCAGGUGGGUGAGCGCCGCCCUCCCCACACCUGCCUGCCCCAGACCUCGAGAAGCAUUUCGCGCCGCCGGUCCCAGGGACGCCCGCCCCUUUUUGCCAGCCCCUGAGCCCGGCAUUGCGAAGAGGGAAAUGUCUUCCUCCCAUCGGAGGCGCUUGCAAAUGUGGUGGAGCCGAAGGAGGCUUUCCAGCCCAACUUUGCCUUCCGACCCAGGCCCUGUCUCUAGCGUGGUUUUGCAGCUCGACCGCUGGGGGUUGAUUCCUCCUCCUCAUCCAAUAAGAGUCAUCUGCAGGCAGGGAAACGCCCCGGCGUUGCUUCGAAAAGUAAGAAACCUUAAUUAACUCUGGUACUCUCUCCCUGCUCUGUGGAGACGGGCAGCCAUGGCGGCGGAGGACCCUCUGCAGGAGCUCCGGGAGAAAGCCUCUUGCUCCAUCUGCCUGGAGUUCUUCAGGGACCCGGUGACCAUCGCCCAGUGCGGCCACCACUUCUGCCGAGCCUGCCUGACCCGCAGCUGGGAGCAGUCGGGGGCUACUGAGCCUUCCUGCCCCCAGUGCAGAGGAACGGCGCAGGAGGGGAACCUCCGCCCCAACCAGCAGUUGGCCAGUUUUGUGGAAAUCAUUAAGAAACUCAACCCACAGGGGGGAAUACAGGCAAAAGGGAAAGGGGGAGUCUGCGAGAAGCACCAGGAGCCCCUGAAGUUUUUCUGCAAAAAGGACGAUGCCCCCAUCUGCAUGUUCUGCGGCGUAUCCCAGGAGCACAAAGAUCACGAAGUGGUUCUUCUAGAGGAGGCUUUCCAAGAAAACAGAGCAGUGGUGGCAGCCAGAAAAGGGAGAGUUUGCCAGAAGCACCAGGAGCCGUUUAAGCUCUUCUGCAAGGACGAUGAAGUCCUCAUCUGUGUGAUCUGUGACCGAUCCAAGGAGCACAGAGACCACAACACCCUUCCUCUUGAGGAGGCCUCCCAAGAAUACAAGGAUCAGUUCUGCGGCUGUCUAGAGAAUCUGAAGAAGGAGAGAGGAAGAAUUAUGGCAUAUAGAGAAGGUGUAGAGAAGGAAAGCCAAGACCUGCUUAAGCAAGCCAGAGGAGAGAUGCAAAAGGCAUUAGCCAAGUUCAGGCAACUGCACACGUUCCUGGAGGAACAAGAGAAACUUUUGCUGGCCCAGAUGGAAGAGGUGGAGAAGGAGGUAGCAAAGAAAAGGGGCCAGCACUUGGAAGAACUCUCUGAGGAACUCUGCUCUCUGGAGAGCCUCAUGUGGGAGAUGGAGGAGAAGAGUCAGCAGCCAGCCAGUGAUUUCCUGCAGGAUGCCCAGAGCACCUUGCAGAGGUAUGAAGAAAAGGAGAUGUUUGAGAAUCCAGUGACUUUUCCUCUUGCAUUGAAGUGGAUGAUCUGGGACUUCAGGGACUUCAAUUAUUCGCUGAAGGGAGUCAUGAAGCAAUGGAAAGACACUCUGGAUUCUGAACUUGACCUGCAGAAAGCAGCAAAUGUGAAGCUGGAUCCAGACACAGCCUAUCCCAAACUCAUUCUGUCAGAGGAUCAGAAAAGUGUGAGACUAGGAGAAGCAGCUCAAACUCUGCCCAACAAUCCUGAGAGAUUUGACAAAUUUGGGGCUAUCCUGGGCCUUGAGGGAUUCAUAGCAGGCCGCCACUUCUGGGAAAUAUCUGUGGGAAGUGAGGAAGAAUGGAUGGUAGGAGUGGCCAGAAAAUCCAUGAGGAGGAAGGGAGACCUUACCUUUAAUUCUGAGGGAGGGAUGUGGGCUGUUGGGAAGUGGAGGGGUCUUUACAGAGCUUCAUUUAAAGGCCUUCAUCCUCCCCUGACCAUGAGUGGGGAGGUCAAGAGGAUCCGAGUGUGUCUGAACUACACUGGGGGGCGAGUGGCCUUUUUUGAUGCUGACCAAGCAGCCCUUCUCUAUGAGUUCUCUGGAGCCUCCUUCUCUGGAGAGACCCUCCUGCCAUUCUUUUUGGUGAGUUUAAAAGGCCACCUCCAAAUCUCUUGAGAUAUUCCUCUCACAUCAGAGCCAUCAUUAAAAAAUAUUGCUUAGAGUC